AUGAGUGAAAGAAGGGCAGCUGUCUCAGACGAAGAAUUCGAAGAAGAGGAAGAAGAAAUUUCUUGGAUUAGUUGGUUUUGUACACUCAAAGGACAUGAGUUUUUUUGCGAAGUAGACGAAGAUUAUAUCCAAGACGACUUUAAUUUGUGUGGUCUUCAGAAUGAAGUCCCUUUUUUCGACUAUGCCCUCGACAUGAUUCUAGAUUUAGAGUCUCCAAUGGAUGAAGAACUAACAGAUGAACAACAACAAUUAGUUGAAUCAGCAGCAGAUACUCUCUAUGGACUUAUACAUGCCAGAUUUAUUCUCACUAACCGAGGAUUGGCACUAAUGGAAGAAAAAUACCGACAGGUACAUUUUGGAAGAUGUCCACGUGUAAAUUGCCAAGGACAACCUGCUCUUCCAGUUGGACAAUCUGACAAAAUAAGAGAAUCUUCUGUUAAAAUCUAUUGUCCUAGAUGUAAUGAUAUCUAUUACCCUAGAUCAAGUAGACACAGAGGCAUUGAUGGAGCCUACUGGGGAACAACAUUCCCUCACCUAUUUUUAAUUCAAUAUGAUACUUUAAUUCCAAAACCUCCAACGGAGGUGUACAUCCCUAAAGUUUACGGAUUCAAAGUUAAUGGCUACAAAAAUUAUAAUGUUAGAGCCUUAAGACAAGAAAAGAAGGAAGAGCAAGAAGAUAAUACUAAUGGAUCAGCCAAUACAUCAUCCAAAUUUUAA